AUGGUCAAAAAACCAAAGAUACCACCGCCAGAGGACAUCGACGAUGCAGAGAGACCGUCAACAUCGCAUAAUGUCGCAGAUACAAGAUCGCACCCCGCCAGCUCGCUCCAGAACCAGCAGCAGCAUUUCCCUCUCAUCUUUGUCACAUCACCCCAAAGGAAGCUUCCGCGCGCAAUGCUCUCCUCGCGGGCAUUACCGCAAUUGGCUCCUCCGCGGUUUGCCAGCGUCAAACCACCAUCAAGUUCAAAGCGGAGCGAAGACGCAGCUCUUGAGAUACCGGCGACACUCACAGCAACACGUACGGGCAUGGACCAUGGAAAUGAGCAUGACUCAAAGUCGGACACCCACGCAAGAGGUUUACCGCGGACGUCAGCUACGAUGAGGACCACGGCGAUCCACAUUGCUGCAUCUAGCACUGGAGACCUGAUAUCCCUUCCGAGCGUCUCAAAGUCAGCGGAGCCGGAAAUCGGACUCGAUUCUUACGCGAUAUGUUUGAGCCCGUGGAUGGGCCAUGUCAAACCGCGGUCGCCACAGAAAGCGGCAAUAGCGAGGCGGAGACAACGGCUGAAACAGAGAAUAGACGAUGGGAUGCGUGCUAGCGAAUCCCGCGGCUCAUAUUCGGGCUCGCAGUCGGCAUCACGGUCUCAGACGCCGAUGAACGAUGGGAGUACGACGGGACUACUAUACCCAUCCGCGGGUGAUGCGCAUACACGCACCAACGAUCUGGCCAUUGUGGCGCAUACUCCUGCCCAUAGCCAUCGCAAGAGCGAGGGACGAAGGGACUCUGAGACACUCCCCCUAGGCGCCCCUAUGACAGCGGUGUUCGUCCUACCCCGUUUCCCCCAACACUACAAUCGAGCCCACUCAGCCGCGGGCAUCAGAGCUUCACGGCUAAGCACCGCCGCUCCACCACCCCGAAAACCGAACGCCCCACAGGAUCCCCUUCUCCCGCCGCUGGGCCCGUCUCAAUCAUCAGAAGAGCUCCAGCGCCCUCACACGCGCAUGCAUGAUGGACAACGCUGGCUCGUCGAAAACAUGCGCGGCGCAAGCUCCGACUCGUUCGAUGGGUCGUCAUCGUCGUUACCGGAGAUUGGAAGGGAUGCGUUGAUCGCAACGACGUCGAUAACGCCCUUACCUGCACAGAGGAUGAAGAAUAGGAGUAGUGGCGACAGACGGCCGGGACCGGUGUUGGGCAUGACGCCUGUGGUGGUGGCGGUGCAGAAGGAGCCGGAUGACGCUGGAUUGGUAGCUGGUACCGGCGUGGAAACAAGAAAGCCCCCAAAUCGGAGGAGACGACGUAGGAAAGGCAGUGGGCGGAGUAGCGCUGGCGCACGACGGGUCACUAUGCCUCCAAUAGCACCGCCAUCGCAACGGACCGGUCCUGCACGACCAUCGCCACAAGCAUCCUCACCAUCUCCCCAGCACGGCCCACCGCUCGUCUCCUACAGUAAAUCCACCCCUGCACAAACCCGAAAUAUGACAUCCCAAUCCCACAAACCAUCAGCAAACCCGUUAUCCACGUCCGUUCCAUCACUACCGUCCCUAUCCUCUGUAUCAUCCACAUCCCUCGUCGCGCCCGAAGUCUACCCUCAAUCCGAAGCGCACGGGCAAGUCCCCCCACCUCCGGCGCUGUAUCUUACGACUCUGUAUACGCGGAUCCGACCGCACACUCAGCAUAAGGAACAGAGCCAUCAGCAAGCGUGUAGUUCUAAACGGCAGGCACAGACGAAGGCUAAAGCGUUGGAAAGGCUGAUUGGAUUGCAGUACGCCCAUGGAGGGGAGGUUGUGGAGGAGACUGCCGAGUCGAGAUUCGAAGCUCGUCAAAUCAGAUCCGGCUCCCGUGGCCACUCCGGAUACGAGCCGCAUAACCCCACGACGAGCGGCAACGAUAAAGUGGGCCGAGGGUUGGCAAAACUGCUCAAAACCAAACCGCUAACGGGACAGCAUAAUCUCCCGCAUACACUCGGUGUAGAUCCCGGGACGGAGGUGGUAGUGGAGGCCGGUGGAUCGCUUGACGAAACGGACUUCGCUACAACGGAUAUCGGAUAA